CGUCGUGACGGUUUCGAGGUAGUUCACACUCAGCUCAGAUAACUAGCCGCAGUCCGCCAACGCGCCUAUUUCCUCGGGCGUGGAGGAGCCUGUUGUAGUUGGGUUGAAACGUUGAGUACCUUGAGAUUUGUUCAGCGUGCAAAAGCGAUACAGAACAAGGCUGAUGAAGUAAUGCAGGAUGAUGUACAUUUCUUGCAGGAAGUGAUACGCCAGCUGAGAGACACUCACUCUCGGGUAUUGCUGAAACAAUGUCACACUUUAAGAGACUGAGCGGAAUAGAUGUAAAUCCAACAAAAUCGGAGCUCUUCUUUGGGGGUUAUACCGACAUCCAAGUGGCAGUGUUAAGUGCUAUUCAAGGUAUAAGGGUAGGUACCUUUCCCACCAGGUAUCUGGGGUUAUCUCUAAAUUCUGCGCGUAUAUCUUUCGCUACUCUGCAACCUUUCAUUGAGAGAAUCACGAAUAAGUUACAUUCUUGGACAAUAAAAUUUUUAUCUUUUGCUGGGAAGAUACGACUAAUCUCUUCGGUAAUAUAUGGCAUGGUGAACUUUUGGAGUGCAGUUUUUAAUCUCCCUAAAAGGUUUUAUGAAAAGGUGGAUUCCUUGUGUGCGGCUUUCCUUUGGAAAAAAAAGUUACAACAGCAGUGGGAGCACGAGUCACCUGGAAAGAUGUAUGUAAACCUAAAGAAGAAGGUGGUCUUGGUAUCCGCAUGCUGGUGGAGUUUGCUAUGGUGUUCCAGCUUAAGCUCAUAUGGAAUCUCUUCACAAACGCUGGUUCCCUUUGGGUAGCAUGGGUAAAUGGCAAUAUUCUCCGCAAGAAGAGUUUCUGGACCCUCCAGGACUCUUUACGACUCUCAAGAACAAUAAAAGGUAUGAUCUCUCUGAGGCAACAGAUAGCAGAGUUUAUACAGUGUGAAAUGCGGAACAGUCUCAACAUAUCUUUUUCGUAUGAUACUUGGACAACUCAUGGUCCUCUGAUCAACUUCAUUGGAAGCAAUGGGCCAAGAUCGCUGCGAAUGAGAAAGGAAGCACUUGUCGUGGAGGUAGUAAGAAAUGGGGAAUGGAGGAUGCCAGGAGCUAGAUCAGAAACGCAACAGCAGCUAAUGAUCACCCUAACAACCAUUGCUCCCCCACAGAAUCUCAAUGGACCUGAUGUUUUCCUAUGGCGUCGGAACUCAGGGUCCUUUGAAAAUACAUUCUCUUCCAAGGAUACUUGGGAGCAGCUCCGAGUUCACUCACCAUUAGUGCCAUGGAAUAAAGUGGUCUGGCUUAAAGAAGGGGUACCUCGGUACUCGUUUAUCUUAUGGUUAGCAAUAAAAGGACGACUGCCUACGAGGGACAGGCUGCGAACUUGGGGACUUAGUAUCCCUACAAAUUGUGUGCUCUGUUCUGAUGGAAUUGAAACCCAUGACCACCUCUUCUUCAAAUGCUCAUUCUCUGCAAGGGUUUGGCAAUCUUUUGCUUCGAGAAUCUGGAGAAACCCACCUUCAGCUGAUGCAGUGGUAAUCGCCAAGUUACUCCUUCAAUCCGCGUGCUACAUGAUAUGGCUUGAACGCAAUGCUAGGUUACCUCCAUCACCACAACAAGUUCCGCAAUACAAGCAACUCUAGACCGAGCUAUCCGGGAUCGACUCAUAACCGUUCAAGGAUUCCUUCUUGCUUUUUAUUUUGGAUGUAUUUUAUUUCCGUUUUAGUUUGUU